UGCCGUUGCACAAAGCGGACGCGCUGUCAAACUCUCCGUUCUCUCGGCUUUGCCUUCUUCUAUCUUUCUUCUGUAUUUUGUUCCUCAGUAGUUGUGCAGCCGCAGUCUCGUUCGAUUCAGUUUUUUCCCCGAUCAGCCGCGAGAGCUACUGGAAGUGACCAACUGACAGUGCGGAGGAGGUACGGAACUUCGUGUAACCUCUCUUUAUAUUUUUUCUUCCUUUGGCCUGGAGCCAUUGCCGUUUUCGAGUGUUGUGUUUGUUGUGUCCCUCUUUUUCCGGAAGAAAGUUUGUGAGAUUUUGUGCGUCAGCAAAGGGCUUUUCCUACGUUUUCCGGUGAUUUUUGGUUUCGAGGAAGUGACCAAAACUAGCUGUGUUUCUACGUGCUGGAAGCGAACACACACGAUGGAGAAGAAAAAAUGAGCUGUCAAAGUCGCAGCAGCAGUGCCUACUUAGUUCAACACUCGACCAGUAUCAGCAAAGCCGAGCAUCAUCAGGUGUGAAUUGGGCAGAAGUUUCAAGGCCAGCCGAGUCCAGCAGCCGAGCUGAACCAGUUUUCCAGUUUCCGGCCGAAAGUGGGAAAGAGCAAUUUGUUGCAUUGCUUCAAAGUAGACGCCGCCACCGCGGGAAGUGAAGAUUGACCACUUUGAGCGACCCGGGAAGGUCCCAUGACAGCCGGCGCCGCAACGAUGGGAUCGACGUCGGACAUUUGCGAAAACACCAAAAUGGCCCGCGAGAUGGCCGUGAUGGGCAACUACGACUCGGCCGGGGUCUACUACGAGGGAGUGCUGCAGAUGUUGCGGAAGCUCCUGGUGGGCAUCUCCGAGCCGAUCCGGAAGGGCCGCUGGACGAUGAUCCAGCAGGAAAUCAACAAAGAGUACACCCAAAUGAAGCUCAUCCAGAAGACGCUUACCGAAAUCACGAUGGACCUGCAGAACGCCCCCCUUCAGGCGCGCAUCCGCACGCCACUGCACGAAACCGCCAGCAAAGAUCCGGCGGCGUGGUUCCGGCCCGAUGCCGACAUCUGGAUGCCGCCAAACCCGAACCGCGAUCCGGACGUUUGGGGACCGCCUCCGAUGGACCAUCACGGCACGAACGGCGGUGGCGGUGGACCGCGGUCGAUAGCUUCCCGGGCGCAGAGUCGUUCGGGGACGGCGCUGAACCGGAAGGCUGAGGCAAACCGGAAGAAUGCCGUGAUGAAGUCGGCGACGACGACGGCGGUUGGUGGGAGGAAGGGGACGGGUGGGGUCAAGUCGGCGGUAGGUUCGAACGGGAAGACUGGAACGUUGCCGAGGAAUAAGGGGAAGGCUGGGGGAGGGGGAGCGGGGCAAGCUGGGGACACUGGGAGCGAGGGAAGUAAGGGUGAAAAGAGUGAUAAGGAGAAGAACGAGGAGGAGGAGGAUAACCAGGAGGAGCCAGAGCGGAAGUUUGAACCUGCCAGCCACGGGGAUGUAGAUCUAGUCGACAUGCUGGAGCGGGAUAUUCUGCAGAAGAACCCGAACAUUCACUGGGAUGAUAUUGCGGAUUUGACCGAGGCAAAGCGGUUGCUCGAAGAAGCGGUCGUUCUGCCCAUGUGGAUGCCAGACUAUUUCAAAGGAAUUCGGAGGCCUUGGAAGGGUGUGCUGAUGGUUGGACCUCCCGGAACCGGCAAGACCAUGCUGGCCAAAGCGGUUGCCACCGAGUGCGGGACCACGUUCUUCAACGUGUCUUCGUCCACGCUCACGUCCAAAUAUCGCGGAGAGUCGGAGAAGCUCGUCCGGCUGCUGUUCGAAAUGGCCCGUUUCUACGCGCCGAGUACAAUUUUCAUCGACGAAAUCGAUUCCCUUUGCUCGCGGCGUGGUUCCGAGUCCGAACACGAAGCCUCGCGGCGCGUCAAGUCCGAGCUGCUAGUACAAAUGGACGGCGUCAGCAACGACGAAGCGACCAAGAUCGUGAUGGUCCUCGCCGCCACCAACUUCCCGUGGGACAUUGACGAGGCGCUGCGGCGGCGUCUCGAGAAGCGUAUCUACAUCCCCCUGCCCAACAAGGACGGCCGCGAGGCCCUGCUCAAAAUCAACCUGCGCGAGGUCAAGGUCGACGAGUCGGUUGACUUGAUGUCGAUCGCCACCCGCCUCGACGGAUACUCCGGCGCGGACAUAACGAACGUGUGCCGCGACGCCAGCAUGAUGUCGAUGCGGCGCAAGAUCGCCGGCCUCAAACCCGAGCAGAUCCGCCAACUCGCCAAGGAGGAGCUGGAUCUGCCCGUGUCGACGCAGGACUUUACCGAGGCGAUUGCCAAGUGCAACAAAAGCGUCUCCAAGGACGAUCUCAUCAAGUACCAGCAGUGGAUGAAGGAGUUUGGUUCGUCGUGAUGGCGCUGCGACGUUCAACUCACAGUCCGUGCAAUAAUCGCCUGGUAGAUCGACUAGCCUAUUAUUUUUAUUUUUGCCGUUUUUUAAGAGGAAGAAGUUUUAGUUUCAAAAAUUUAUCAGUACCAUCGUGAUCAUAACUUUAUACUUUUGCUACCACCGUGCGAUGCAUGACCGUUUUUUCUUAUUUGUUUUAAUAUUUUUUCUCAUUACAUUUUCAAUGUUUUAGUCGAGCGAUUGUCUUUGCGUGCGCUCACAAAACCGUUGUUCAUUUUUGCCGCCCAUGGAAAUUAUAAAAUAAAGAUAAAUGUCAAACAAACGCUUUUGUCACGUUAAUUUUGCUGAUCGUUGAAAAAUGAAAAAAACUUUACACAUAAACACACAGACAGACUAAGUUGUAGGUUAAACAAUCGUAAAAACAAUAAUAAAAUAUCACUAAACAUACGGAAAGCUAAGCCGACACUUAUUUGAUAAGAGUAAUUUUAUUAAUAAAUUUUAUAGAAAAUA